AUGCCAGACGUUAUAAUCGUAAAUGACAAUGCUUCAUUCACCUCGAGCACCACUUUCUCUACACAAGACUCGGAGCAAUCACCACGUCCACUCCGUCGAAGAAACACAGUGACGCAGCUGACGAGGCGCGUUUCUAAGAGGAUAUCGCAAUCAAUCCUCAGGGCCGGGGUACAGGAACAUCAACUCAGCGAAAAGAACCUUAAGGAUCUCAACGAAGCAACACAUGUGGGCGCGCUGGGCUCGCCUGGCUCAUGCCUACCAGAUCAAUCACACGAGCCAAUGGUCUACGAGCCUAUCCACGAAGACAUCGAGGAGGAAAUCCAUAGUGUAGAUGUGGAAGCAGCAAGAGAAAUGCGCCUUCAAGAGUCCUACGCUGCCUUCUGUCGCGACUUCACAAUGUCAGGGAAACCAACAGUGAACCGAAAAUUCGACUUGAACAUGAGAAUGGAAGAGGUUUCAGAAGUGCACCAGCAGCCGCGUGCAAAUUCAACGCACAGCAACGACAGAUCUGGAUUGGAUUUGCCGCAUGACCUUUCUGAUCAUAGAAUGAAUAUUACAGGGUCACAACCCAGACCCAGACCGAAUUCUGUCGCAUACCCAGUAUCAUGUACAUCUAUGCAUCAGGACAUGUACAUGCAAACGCCUCAGUCAGCAACUACCAGAGAGCCACCUCUCCGAUGGCCAGAACUAGCCCCAUCAAAAUUCGAGCCCGACCACAACAGAUACGGAUCAGGUUUCCAAAUCCCUCACAACCCCAACCCCAACUAUCCACAACCACCACCGCGAAUUAUCACCCCUACUGUGUGGAUGGACAUGCAACAAACCGAGCGGGAGCGCAAAGAAGCUCGGCGAUCCAGACUUCUAGCGCCCUUUCGGUCUUGGUUUAUGAUGAGUCCGCCCUGGUGGGGGCGGAGAUAUGAAGUUGUCGAAUAG